GUAUGUAUCGCAGGCAGGCGGGGUUCGUGAUUCCAUGUCCCCCUGGCUGUUGCAAUCGCCAUUCAGCUCAUGAAUCUCUCGCUCUCUCUCGCUCUCCCCUGUUCUUCCCGUGAAUUCCUUCCACCCAUUUUUCAUCUCCAGAAUCUAGAUCAGACUUUCUGAUAGUCGCUCGAGUUCAGGGGCGUGGCGGUGCCGGUGGCGUGGGCUGUGGCGUUUUGGGCUGUUGCGUCGUGUGGUUCAAGCACUGAUUGUUUUCACAUGAAGUGGACAGAGGGGUUGAAGUUCAGAGGUUGUGGUGGUGGCGUCCUGUCUGGACGAAGAGGUUCUUCGAGGAUCGUUCGAUUGGCUGAGAGGGCGCGUUCGUAGUCGGCUGGUUAGCUAGAUUUGGGUGGAUUGGCAACUUGGUUGGGUGGGUGGGUUACGGCUGGUUUCUGUGGUGAAGUGGUUACGUGGCGGUGAAGUUGAUCAAAGAGAGAAGGAUGUCGAGGACUUUAGUGAACCCGCUUUACUAUGGCAAGCCAGAGCCUGUGUGGGUGACCAACAAUCGGCACCGGAUGCUGGGAACCCCAUAUCACAGCACGUCUAUCUCCAGUAGCGGAGCCUAUGAAUUUGGCCCAUACACGCGUGGAACAGUCUUACCGGAUGUAAUAAUUAAGGCACCUUUAUACGAUUUAUUGGAUGUUACGCGAAUCAAGGAUGUCCUCAGCGUUGACGGGGUAUUCAACGUGGUGUGCGACAUUCCAGCACAGACCAUCACUGUCUCCUCCAGUCUCUCGCCUCGGACAGUCGUCAACCUAGUACGAAGAGUAAUGGGAACAGCCCACAUCAUCAAUAUCACGGAAGCGCCACCGACAGCAGUUCUGCAGCCCGUGUACACCCCACCCGUGGACAGAACCCGGACCACCGCCUACGACGACAUGUACACAUACGAAGGCCGCUCAGGCUACAUUCCUCCUUACGCCGCUCCUUACGGUGGCCGAUCAUACGACAACGAGUUCCGCCCCGGUCGGUAUAACUACUACUGAUUUCUGUAAUCCCAUGGCACAAGCUCUGCAAUACCCUCGUCCAAAAGGCCGGCCAGGCUCACCUGCAGAGUGGAAUUGGUACCAUGAAGUCUCGAUCUGGAGCAUUGCGUGCAUCGGGUUUGGCCUCCGAUGCUAUCCGGAGUUCAACGCGCGUCUGUGUCGCUGCAGCUAGGAUGCCAAGCACCGGCGCUUAUUUUCAUACUACUAAGGUGUGUUCGGCGAUCAGAACUCACCGACAUAUAGGGAGUGACGUGUUGGGAAUGUCAUCCAACUACAUCCGUUAACAUGUAUUAUUCAUCCAUUAGGGUUUGCUCGGCCAUAAUCCUGACCUAGACCCAUGUACAGAUGUUUGUUGUUUCAUUUCUUUGUUAUUCAAAGAUUGUUGCUCGAAGUUUAAGAAAUCAUGUAUUUCGGAUUUGGAUUGGUGGGAUUUUGAAAGCAACA